GGCACAUUUCCGCCACCAGCUACCCUGCCUUCUCUCUCCUCUUCUUUACACCUCACCUCCGGAUCGCUCAGAGAGUCAGAGAUUCGAGUUGAGCUAUAGGCGUAGCCGACUGGUCGCCGCGUCCCCUCUCGGCUCCACCCGGCGAGCGAACAAUGGAGGCGGGGGGCGUCGGCCUGGCGCUGCAGGCGCGGGCGGCGGGCUUCGGCUCCAGCCGGCACCGGGGCGGCCUACAGGCGCCCACCGGGAGCCUGAGAGUCGCUGACCCGGCGGGACCUGCGGUCGCUGUGCGGGCUCGCGGGUCCAAGCCCGUCGCACCGCUCCGACUCCGUGCGAAGAAAUCGUCCGGAGGUCAUGAAAACUCGCACAACUCCGUUGACGAAGCUCUCCUGUUGAAGAGAAAAUCAGAAGAAGUUCUGUUCUACUUGAACGGGAGGUGUAUUUACCUAGUAGGAAUGAUGGGUUCUGGAAAAAGUACUGUGGGGAAGAUUAUGUCUGAAGUCUUGGGUUAUUCGUUCUUUGAUAGUGACAAGUUAGUGGAGCAAGCUGUUGGAAUGCCAUCAGUUGCCCAAAUAUUCAAGGUCCAUAGUGAAGCCUUCUUUCGGGAUAAUGAGAGUAGUGUCUUGAGAGAUUUGUCCUCCAUGCGACGAUUAGUUGUUGCCACCGGAGGUGGUGCUGUUAUCCGACCAAUUAACUGGAGAUAUAUGAAGAGGGGCCUAUCUGUUUGGUUAGAUGUGCCCUUGGAUGCUCUUGCUAGGCGUAUUGCUAAAGUGGGAACUGCCUCUCGUCCUCUUCUGGACCAACCAUCUGGUGAUCCGUACGCAAUGGCCUUUUCUAAGCUCAGCAUGCUUGCACAGCAAAGGGGUGAUGCUUAUGCAAAUGCAGAUGUAAGGGUUUCUCUGGAAGAGAUUGCAUGUAAACAAGGUCAUGAUGAUGUCUCUAAGCUGACACCUACUGAUAUUGCAAUUGAGUCACUUCAUAAGAUCGAGAGCUUCGUCAUCGAGCACACUGCUGAUAGUUCAGCUAGCGACGCGCAAGCUGAGUCGCAGAUCCAGAGGAUACAGACCUUGUAGAACCUUAAUCCCUUUGUUUGCCACAUAGAGCAUCGUUGAGUUAUUUGUAAAGGAAUGGAAGAAGGGAGCUAAUAAUCCGAAGUGUGCCGUUGGCUGAAACAUCGCCUGUCUUCACUCCUGGCUCUGCUUCUGUUCGCUUCUCAUCGUGGUUUGAUACCUUGGUGGACAUCUAUGCUGACACCUCAUCUCACCAAACAUACUUGCAUACCGUCGUCGCCCGCUCGAACGAAGAAACAAAGUGCCGUUUGGUUCAUAUAUUUGUAAUGUAAUGGGUAACUGAUAAUGUUAAAUCAUAUUUGUUUUAGUCCAACCGUAAUCAGAUACCAUACU